GGAAAGGAGUGGACAGGGGAGAGAGGGAGAGGAGUUUCUGCAGCCACUUGUACUCUCUUCUGUGUUGUUAGUUUAUGACCUGCUUAUCAAUGUGAUAUUACCUGCUUUAUAUCAGGAAUCUCUCCUCUGACCAGGCAUUGCAAGCCGAGAUGAAGACUCUGGUUGUGGGAAUAGGCGGGAUGACUAAUGGAGGAAAGUCCACUCUGUCCUGCAGUCUGCAGCAGCGGAUACCCAGCAGCUGCAUCAUCGCACAGGACACUUUCUUUAAGGAUGACUCAGUAGUACCUGUGGACAGCAAUGGGUUCAAGCAAUAUGACAUGCUUGAUGCUCUGGACAUGGACCAGAUGAUGAGCGAGGUGAACUUGUGGCAAAGAGACCCUGAGUCGUUCCUGGCUGAGCGAGGCCUAACAACGACACACACGGCGCUAUCGGCUGAGGAGAAGGUGUUUGUGCUGAUUGUGGAGGGCUUCCUGAUUUUCAACUACAGGCCUUUGAAUGAGAAAAUGGACUUAAGAUAUUUCAUGGAAAUCCCUUACGAUGUCUGCAAGACGAGAAGAUGUUUGAGGGUGUACAUGCCCCCUGAUCCCCCCGGUUACUUUGACGGACAUGUGUGGCCCAUGUACCUAAAAAACCGCCAGGAGAUGGAGAGCAUGACAUCGGGCAUUGUGUUUCUGGAUGGACUGAAGUCAAAGGGGGAACUGCUGGCGUCUGUGUAUGAGGAUGUCACACAGGAAAUAGAGAGGCUCAUGGUUAUUUUGUUAUGCUUUGUUUUACAGAAAGCACCUGAAAUGGACAACUGAAUUUAUUUACACCUAGAAGAUGGACGCUGCUGCUCAGGCUGACGUGAUAGAGUUUCAUCUUUUGGACUAAAACAUGAAAGACGGAGACCAAAUAUGCAUUUUACCUCCUCUCGGGUAAAUGUUGUUUAUAUAGUACCUAUAAUAAGCAGUUUCUUUCUCAGUAAACCCAAAAGCCCACCAGUGUUUUCUACAUUUAUGUCAGAACUGCUAUUUUGACAGGUGUGUAAUGACUGUAUUUCACUGUUACACUAUGAUGAUCACUGUCUUGAUCGUGUCAUGGCUCAUGAUAAUAAAUGCAGAAAUAACUUUUUUCUGUUGAUUGAUAAACACAAUAGGUCCUUUUUUGUUUUUCUUAAUGUUAUAAUACUCAGGACACAUUUUGUCACUGUAUCUACUCCUCCUGUGUGUGUUUAUUAUUAUUAUGUGCCAAACUGUGUAGUCCUAUGUAAUUUUUUAAGGUUAAAAAAUUAAUUAAGGAUAAUGUGACAUACUACUAUAUGUCAGGAUGAAUGACCCUUGAACUGUUGGCUCUGACAUGUUACAAACUUCACCGAGGAAGGAUCGAGCUGGCUGUGGGUGCACAGAGCUCACUUUGGUCCGAGGUCAAUGGACUUGAGCCUGUAUUGUUAUUUCUACACGGUCCAAUGCAUAAUUUAUGUCAUGAGGUUGAAGUAAAAGAUUGUCAGUGAAGGCAUGUGUGCGUGUGCCUUUGCAUCCGUCAGUAUUGAGUCAUGUGAAGUUGCAUAAAAUCAGCCAUUAGGUAAUUUCAUGAGCUGUGGAAUGGAAAUUUGUAAGUGAUACUGUAAAUGUACUCAAGUUAUUUCCUCUAAAUUUUUGCAGACUAACAUGGAAAUGUAUGUUGUCCUAAAAAUAUUCUUUUGCCUUAGCUAAAAUUUUAAUGAACUGGAUAUUUAUCAGUGUUGGAAUAAAGAAGUCUUUUCACC